CUGGGGUAUAAGUCUGACCAUGGGGUGAGAUCCUGAGCACAGGCCGUUGGGGAGCUGCCUUCGAAAGCUGUCACUAUGCCGGGGAAAGUUGAAAUCACAAACCUGCACAUGAAGACCGGGAUGACCCUGAAGCUCAAGGGGAAGAUUGAGGACAGCGUUGACAGCUUUGUCAUUAACCUGGGCCAGGGGACAGACAAGCUGGCCCUGCACUUUAACCCGCGUUUCAACGAAUCCACCAUCGUCUGCAACUCACAGGACGGUGGCAGCUGGGGACAGGAGCAGCGGGAUGACCACAUGUGCUUCAGUCCAGGUUCAAGUGUCAAGAUCUCCGUGACCUUCCAGGAUAAUGAGUUCGAAGUGACGCUGCCAGAUGGGCACAAGCUAACCUUUCCCAACAGGCUGGGACACAGCCACCUGAGCUACCUGGGGGUGGACAGGUUCCACAUCUCCUCCUUCAAGCUGGAGUGAGGCGGCAACAUCUCCUCGGAAUGAGACCUGGAGCCCUGACCCCCGUUUGAACCCUUCAGCAAGUCGCACCAGGACUGGCAUCCCUUGGCACCCUCCACCUGCAGUUCCUGCCCCUCUGGCCCCCGUGUUCCUCCCCCAAGGCCAACAGCAAACAAAACCAAGAAACCA